CGGAGCUCGCUAUCGCCAGCCAGUAGUUCGCCUUGGGCUGCACAGCGCUUAAAUGUUUACCGCCAGGCAGUGAGGUGAGCUGUAGGCUUGUAGCGCUGUAGAGGCGUGGAAAUAGCUAGCUCUGGCCGGCAAUGUCGGCUCUUAUCCCCCCGCCGCCGGCAUUCCCGCCGCCGCAGAUAAUGGUGCCGGCGGCGUACGGCGGGGCCGAUGGAACGACGGCGGCGAAGGGAUCGUACGGCCCGGUGAUCGCAAUGCUAGCCGUCCUCGCCGUGCUGGCGGCGGCGGCCGUGGCCGUGGGGCGGCUCUGCUUCGGGCGCCGCGGGCUUGGCCAGGCAGGCGGCGGCGGCGGACACGACUUGGAGGCCUGGGUGGAGCGCAAGUGCGGGACGUGCGUCGGCGCCGGCAUGUUCUCCUCCACCGGGCCUGCCGCGGCCGCCGGCGUGGAAGAAGGUGACGCCGCGGCAGCAGUGCAGCCGCCUGAAGGUGAAGAAGGAACGGAGCGAGGGGAGGGCAGUGGCAGUGGCGGUGCGUCGUGACUCCUGAGAGAUGGGCCGACUUUGCACUCUUGCUGCACGCUGUAAAUUUUCUUUCCUCGUUAGUUCUUCCCUAGGAAUUUUCGUGUGUUGGAAUUUUUGAAUGGUAGUAGCACUCAACUAGUGAUCUCUUUUAGGUCCCUGCUGCCCGUUUUUAGUUCGAUCUGUGGGACUUGCGGGCGAUGUGACGAUACAAAAUGGCAUGCAAAGCAGAAUGGGUUUUCUGGUUGAUCGACACCAA